UUUAAAUCCAAAAUAUGCUAAGCAUUAUAUUUGAUAAAGAGAGUAAAAGCAUCGUGUAUUUAAAGGCAUCAUAGAGUUCGUUGGAAUAACUUUCUUGAUAUUUACGUUCGAGUUUUGGGUCAUGAAAUCUAAGUGUGAAGGGAUUCAUAAUGGAAUUAAUUAAGAAACAAUAAUUGAUUCUUUAAAAACAUUAGAAGAACUCAUUUCUAUAAAUAAGAGCUUUAUAUUUAAUGUCUCUACUAAAAUCAUAAAAUAUAAUAAGUCAUAAGUUUCAAGUCGUAUUCGAAUCUUAGUCAAGCUAUCUAAACACCGUGUUAAAUUUCAUAUUUGAUAAACUGUUUGGAAGUAAAUUAAAUAACAAUAGAG